CGUUAUCGCAGUAUUACAAACAUUUACAAAUCGCAAUGUGCUAAACACUUGUUUCACAUUACGUCACUGUUCAUGUAUGUAUACGAGGAAGAAAUGAAAAUAGGCAAUAAGAUAGUAUGUGAAACGAACGUCAUUAACGAAUGGAAUGAAAAUGAACCAGUAAACUUAAUCAUUUGGAGAAUGACAAGACUUGAUGCCGAUUCAGAAGAGGAUGGUGACAAUACUACUAAUAUGUCAAACAGAAGACAAACUUAUUUCAACAGCUUUGCGAUCUAUUAAUGACAUUAUCCAACGGUCUGAGGAAGACCGCGAUGCAGUAGAAUACAGCAGAUUGCUUGUGUUGCAUGAUUUGAGACAAAAAAUAGUAGAAAUCAACUUGAAGAGAAAGUUUAAACAGCCCCAAAUAACAUCAUUUUUCGCACAAGGUCCAUAAAAAUAUUAUCUUUUAAAU